AUGUAUAUCUUUGCUUUCGUAGUACUUUUUUUAAUUUUUUGGACCUAUCAACUGCAUAAGUGUACAAAAGCCAAACGUGAUGCUGUGAGCAAUAUACCAGGACCACCAGCCAUACCCAUAAUUGGAUGUUUGGAUUUUAUAUUGAAAAUUAAUCCCAGAAAUGUCUCCCAGAUUGCAAUAGAAAAUGCUCGGAAAUAUGGUCCAAUAAUCCGUAUAUGGGCUUUUAAUCGCCUUUUGAUUGGCUCAUCGGAUACUGAGCUGAAUGAACAAAUUCUAAGCAGUAGUACUCACAUAUCAAAACAGCGUCUGUAUGGAUUACUUAAAGAUUGGCUUGGUGUUGGUUUACUCCUGAGUGAUGGCAAAAAAUGGCAUACGCGUCGUAAGAUUAUUACACCCACCUUUCAUUUCAAAAUAUUGGAAGAUUUUCUUCAGAUAUUUAAUUGUCAAUCGAUGGUGUUGUUGGAUAAUUUAGCCGAAAAGGCUGAUGGAAAGACUCCGUUCGAUGUGUAUCCAUUGAUGUCGUUGUAUACUCUGGACAUAAUUGCCGAAUCAGCAAUGGGCACCCAGGUCAAUGCCCAAACUAAGGGAAAUGUGGAAUAUGCCAAAGCUGUUAGUGAAAUGACUGAAUUAUCUGCCUGGAAAUUCGUACGAAUACACUUGAACAAUAGUCUGGUCUACACAAUAUUACAUCCACGAAAGAAACUUCGCGAGAUACAACUUAUACGGAUAAUGCGUGAUUUUACCAAAAAGGUGAUAGAAGAAAGACGUGAAUAUUUACUGAAAAACAGUCGCCAUCAAUCCGAAAAUGGUGAAAAUGAAAACGAUAUUGGUUUUAAGAAACGUUCCGCCCUCUUGGAUGUUCUACUGCAGUCCACUGUCGACGGUAAACCACUGACAAAUGAAGAUAUACGCGAAGAAGUUGAUACAUUUAUGUUUGAGGGUCACGAUACAACGGCCACGGCUCUCAGUUUUACACUCUAUUUACUGGCAAGAAAUCCUCGGGUGCAAAAUAAAGUCCUGGCGGAAAUUCAUCAAGUCUAUGGUGACGAUUUGUCUGUGCCAUUUACAUUGAUGAAUUUGAAUGAUUUGAAAUAUAUGGAAUGGGUGAUACGGGAAUCGAUGCGUAUAUAUCCCGCAGUACCGAUCAUUGGCAGAGAAAUAAAGACUGAUUUUCAUUACACCCACUCCCGUAUUGGCAAUGGUGUCAUACCCGCAGGCACAGAAUUCAUUUUAAAUAUUUUCCUCGCAUUAAAUGAUCCAAGAUUUAUCAAAGACCCCGAAGUCUUUCGGCCGGAACGUUUUGCCGACAUCAGCCCCGAAUAUAAUUUCAAUUCAAUACCAUUUAGUGCUGGUCCCCGCAAUUGUAUUGGGCAAAAGUUUGCAAUGUAUGAAAUGAAAUUGUCAUUGGCUAAAAUUAUCCACAACUUCGAACUCUUGCCAUUGGGUGAACCUGUACAACCGUCGGUGAAUAUUGUCUUGCGUUCCGUCAACGGCAUGCAGUUGACAAUGAAGAAGAGAUCCUAGAUUUUAAUGUCAAUAAAAUGUGAUACCUUUAUACAAAAAACGAUAUUAGAUUUAAUUAAUUAUAAGUAGGGUAAACCACGUAUAUAAGCACAUUCUGUAUAAGAAAAAAAACGG